UUAUUAUAAUAAUCACCAACAACAUCUGACAGGGAAAUGGGAACGGCGGAAGAAGAAAUGAACAGCAGCAACAUAGGGUUAGGGAAAGUGGUGUGUGUGACCGGUGCAUCCGGUUACAUCGCUUCAUGGCUGGUGAAGUUUUUGCUUCAACGAGGAUAUACAGUCAAGGCUUCUGUUCGUGAUCCAAAUGAUCCAAAGAAGACUGACCACUUGCGCGCACUGCAUGGAGCCAGUGAAAGGUUGCAUUUGUUCAAAGCAAAUUUGUUGGAAGAAGGAUGUUUUGAUGCAGUUGUUCAAGGGUGUGAAGGCGUUUUUCACACUGCAUCUCCAUUUUAUCAUGCAGUCAAAGAUCCUCAGGCUGAAUUAAUUGAACCCGCAGUGAAGGGAACACUUAACGUGCUUGGUUCAUGCGCAAGAACACCAUCUGUUAAAAGAGUGGUUCUGACCUCCUCCACGACUGCAGUUCUAUACAAUGGAAAACCAAGGACGCCCGAGGUUGUGGUUGAUGAGACCUGGUUUUCUGAUCCAGAAGUCUGUAAGAAUGCAGAGCUUUGGUAUGUGCUUUCGAAGACCUUAGCUGAAGCAGCUGCAUGGAAAUAUGUAAAAGAGAAGGGGAUUGAUAUGGUUACCAUAAACCCUGCUAUGGUAAUUGGUCCGCUCUUACAACCAACACUAAAUACAAGUGCUGAGGCUGUUCAGAAGCUUGUUAAUGGAGCAAAUGCAUAUCCAAAUGCAGCUUUUGGAUGGGUUAACGUCAAGGAUGUUGCUAAUGCACAUAUUUUAGCUUUUGAGACUCCUUCAGCCAGCGGAAGAUACUUGUUAGUCGAGCGAGUUAUUCAUCAUUCAGCAAUAGUAGAGAUGUUACGCGAGCUCUACCCUGAGGUUCAGCUUUCUGGGAGGUGUGCAGAUGAGAAGCCUUUGGUGCCUACAUAUCAGGUGAAUACAGAAAGGACAAAGAAAUUGGGAAUUGACUUUAUUUCUAUGGAAGAGAGUCUCAAGGAAACUGUUGAAAGCUUGAAAGAAAAAAAAUUUAUCAGUUUUUGAGUGUUCUUCGUUACUCAGUAGACAUACAAAUAAGAGUUAUGGAUGUGCUCUGAGUUUUGUUACGCCUCAACUUAGUCUUUGUUUCUUUCUUUCUCGUAGUAUUUUUCAGUGAUUAUUUACCUUGAUACUGCAAAAAUAUACAUGUAAAACCUAAAAAGCUAGAAACAUGGAAUGAACACUAAAAAUAAUGCACAAAACUUUCAUGCGAAACUAUUUGUUUCUUUUUCCCUUUUCA